UUGUAUUUCCGGUUUGACUUCUGCUUUCCGGUUCAACCUUGUUUUGUCAUGCGCGAAAGCAUUAGUUCGUUUCAUGCAAAUGUUUGCUUAAAAUACUCUAGGACUUUAGUUUACAUUGAUUUCUGCACGUUUAUUCUGCACGGCUGAAAAAGAAACAAAAUAAUAUGAGCGAACGCCAACUGCAGGGACGGGCUCGGGCACGCGGCUACACUGCCGUCAAUGUGUCCAAUGAAGGUCGAGAAGGUCGUGGCCAGGCACCGGUCAGAGGCAGCGGGGUGGGCGUCUCGGGGCCUCGUCCAAGUUUUCAGCAUCCGGGUGCCGAGGGGCGCGCAAUGACCCAUCGUGAUGCAACGGCCGGUCGUGGUGCGGCAAGCACAACCAGUGGCAGCGGAAAUGGAAGUGGAAACGGUAAUGGGGCAGCAGGUGCCGGGCCGAAUCGUGGUGCGAUGCGCGGGCGCCGUACAAUUUCGGAUACACUUCGAACGCGCGCUCUCGAUGCACCCUCGAAGCACGGAUCUGAAGGUCAAACGAUAAAGCUUCAGGCCAACUAUUUCAAACUUAUGAAGCACAUCGAAUGGACGUUGUAUCAGUAUAGGGUUGAUUUCGCUCCGGUUUGUGACAGCAUCCGGUUGAUGCAGGGGCUGAUCAGUCAGCACAAGAAAACUUUCGGCGGUUAUCUGUUCGAUGGGACGCAGUUGUUCAUGGUGAACAAGCUGCGGAGCGAACAAUUGUCCUUAGACUGUCGACACGAACGGACGGGAGAUGUUUAUCAAAUCAAAAUCGUUCACACUGGAACGGUGGAUAUGACGAACGAAACCGGCAUCCAGGUUUUGAAUUUGAUUCUCCGACGCGCAAUGGGUGGUUUGAAUCUUCAACUGGUCGGCCGUAAUUUAUUCGAUGCUGCUGCGAAAAUUGCCAUUCGAGAAUAUCAGAUAGAACUGUGGCCAGGGUACGUAACCAGCAUUCGACAGCACGAACAGGAUAUCUUGGUUUGCUGUGAAAUUGCUCAUAAGACAAUGAGAAUGCAAACAUGUUACGACAUUCUUCGGGAGUGCCAGCGGCACGAUCGAAACUACAAGGAUGCGUUUACCCGCUCUGUCCUCGGAGUCGUUGUACUGACCGGAUACAACAACAAAACCUACACGAUCCACGAUGUUUCGUACGACACCACUCCAUCCAGCACAUUCGAAACCAGGAAUGGAAAAAUCUCGUUCGUCGAUUACUAUCAGCAGAAGUACAAUAUCAAGAUCCGGGAUCCCAAUCAGCCGAUGUUGCUUUCCCGAGCUAAGAAGCGCGACCUGCGAGCGGGUGGCAACGAACUGAUGGCUUUGGUGCCGGAGCUCUGUCGAAUGACGGGGCUUACCGAACAAAUGAGAAAUGAUUUUCGAAUGAUGCGUGCAAUGUCGGACCAUACUCGCCUCACUCCAGAUCGACGGAUUGAACGGCUGGAAACGUUCAACCGUCGUCUGCAAACCACGUCGGAGAGCAUGGAGGUAUUCAAGGUUUGGCAGAUGGAGCUUGACAAACGUCUGGUUGAACUUCCGGGGCGGUUGCUGCCAAAGGAAACAAUUUUCUUCUCAUCGACAUCACCUGGGGUUCCAUCGGGAGAUAAUGCGGACUGGACUGGCCACUUCCGUGAUCAACCGAUGUAUUCGACCAUCCGGCUGGAUCACUGGUUUUUGGUUGUACCAAAUAGGGCUCAACGGGAAGCCAACGACUUUGUCGGUUGCAUGAUGCAGGCUGCCCGUGGAAUGCGUUUCGAAAUCAAACAAUGUGAAUUUGUCUCCAUCCCGGACGACAAUCCUGGUACUUACGUCCGUAUGCUGGACAACCUGGUGAAUAAAGAUCCUCAGAUGAUUAUGUGCGUCGUUACAAAUCAGAAAGCCGACCGCUACACAGCAAUCAAGAAGAAGUGCUGCGUGGACCGCGCUGUACCAACGCAGGUCAUCUGCCAGAAAACAAUCACACCGAAGGGAGGCAAUGUGCGUACGCUGAUGUCCGUGGCGACCAAAGUCGUCAUUCAGAUGAACUGCAAACUGGGUGGCGUCCCGUGGAAGGUCAAAAUUCCUCUCAGCGGUCUGAUGACGGUCGGAUUCGAUGUAUGCCACGAUACGAAUGAUAAGUCAAAAUCUUACGGAGCAAUGGUGGCCACAUUCGACCAUGAAAUACGAGGCACUCCAAAGUUCUUCUCCACCGUAAGUCAGCAUGGGCACGGUGAAGAAAUUUGCAACUAUCUUCCCCUGAACAUGGUGAAAGCUUUGAACGAAUACCGCAAGGAGUAUAAUACGCUACCAAAGCGUAUUUUCUUUUAUCGGGACGGGGUCGGCGAGGGUCAAUUGCACUACGUGUAUGAGCAUGAGGUUCGAGCAAUGAUGGACAAGUUAAACGACAUUUACAAAUCCGCCGGGGCUGAACAGGACGUAAUGCUGGCCUUCUUCAUAGUUAACAAGCGCAUCAAUACAAGGUUCUUCGAACGAAAACACAAUCCUAAGCCGGGAACGGUUGUUGACGAUGUGGUUACACUUCCAGAACGCACUGAUUUUUACAUCGUUUCGCAAUCAGUUCGACAGGGAACGGUUUCUCCGACGGCGUAUAACAUCCUCCACGACACGACUGGACUGCAAAUCGAUCACCUACAGAUGUUGUCGUACAAGCAGUGCCAUUUGUACUACAACUGGUCCGGAACAACGCGGGUACCGGCGGUUUGUCAGUAUGCCCACAAGCUGUCCUUCCUGGUCGGUCAGUUUAUCCACCAGGCGCCGAGCAAUUUGCUCGAGAAGAAGCUUUACUUCCUGUAAUGAAGUAGCCUUGACAAUUCUUAGACAAAUUUUUAUAUCAGGACAUUUUUCUUAAGGCGAUUUUGUUUUUAGGAGAAUGAUAUAUUGUUAUUUUUUUGUUAUUUGACUGGCUGAAUGCCUUUACCGAAGUUAUUCGGAUAUUCUUUAUAUAUUGACAACUAUUUAAAGAUUAUUUUUCUUUAUACAUUUUUUUUUACAAAGUUUGUACAACGGAAUCUAUGCAUUGAAAUUAUUUUGAAUUGUUUUUAUUUUCAAGUGUAUAAUAAACUUU